CCCUGAUAGUGAAAUGGCGAAAUCACAAGGCAUCACAGUUUCUCCUCCUGCGCAGCAGCAAGGAAGCAAAAAUGUUCAGACUGGACGUCCCCAGAAUAUACUCACCUUAAGCUUGACUAAAGGAAAUACAACAUAUGAUGAAUUUAAACAUGGAUUCCCAUCUGAUGGCUUAUCCACGGCAUCCAAUAAAUGGUGGGGAAGCAAUAGCCCUGAUGGUUAUAAGAGCAUCCAUGGAAAAGGAGCUGAGACUGAUGAAGACAAGAAACAUCAGUCGGAAAAAUUGGCAGGUGAUGGUGCAAGUUCAACUGUAGUGGACAAAGAGAAAUGUGAAAGUGGGAAAGAAGAGAACAUUAGUUCCCAAGGAACAGAUUUACUGAUGGCUGUGAGAAAAAGAAGUCUGGAAGAAGGGCAAAAAGCACUUAAGCUUGUCAAAAAACCAAAACAGGCAGGGUUUGAGUCUCCUCCAAAUAUGGAAAACCUCAACAAAAUUCACAGUGCAGUCUAUAGCCCACUGAAGCCCUCAAAAACAGUCACUUCUGCCCGUGCAGAUUGA